AUGUCAACAAACGAUCAUACAGUUACCAUGAACGCCUCACAAGGGGAUACAGAAGACAUUGUUCCCAUCCACACUUCCAAUGAUAAUGUUGAAACGACCUUCAACACAAACCAGGACACCGCUCACACCUCUUGUCAGGAAGCUUCUCAAGCUACAAUCAUCGAUCCAGUCACGACUGACGAUAACAACAUUAGACAGCGAUGGACUCACAUACCUUCUGAAUUUGCUCUCAAGCUCUUGACCGACAGAUUUAUGGUGUCACCCAAAGUGACAAAGAAGAGUUGUGAUGCUUUUCUACCUCUCAUAUCAACCCUAGGUGCACCUGUCAAGGUGAGAGAAGCUCAUGACCGUAUGUCCACUAGUGCUCGAACGGUACUUUCCCAACCUAGCCCAACUUUUGACACCUUAGAGAAAGGUCUGACCCAACCGGAAAGAUACUUUGCAAAUAUGUGGGAAGGAUAUAAUCCUCAACAUGGACAGGAUCGGGAGCAGUCACGACUAAUUAUUCCAAUCGAUGUGUUCGACGACGCAUAUACCAUACGAGAUUGGCUGAAGGAGUGUGAUGGAUCGAGUCAUAUCCAGACUGGAAUACUUGAGAGAGCCGAUUGGAGCUUUCACUUAGUGGGACAUAGCUGGCUACCUAGUGAUGAUAAUAUAGAUGUCCAGGUAACUGCCUCUGAUGAGUCAAGGAGGGAUAAGAUGGAGGUCGAAGAAGAUUCCACUAACGUUCAGAGUGAAUCAGGACAUUCUGGGACGGUUGGGAACCAUGCAGAAGAAAGCUUGUCAAGCUUUGACUGA